AUGGCGAACACGAAACAGCAGGAGAACAUGCUCCUCACGGAGCAUUUUACUUGGCCUCCAAUUUCCCUCAUAGACGACAUCAUCAACGCAGUAAACGAAGUCCUCUACCGCUGCACCGAUACCUUUGAAUCCGGAUUAUCUGCCGCCGACCCCUCCCUGCUCGGUUUCGCCGACCGCUACGCCGCUGAGAACCGCGUACCUGAGAAAGACGAGGAUGGGAGCGAGGUCUACCCGGAGGCGAAGCUGGAGAUUGAAGAGGGCGUGCUGAAGCUCGAGACGCUGAUGGAGAAUGCGGUCGAUAAGAACUUUGACAAGCUGGAGAUUUGGACGCUCAGGAAUGUGCUGUGUUUGCCCAGGGAGGGGGAUGCAGGUGGGGUGGGGGAGUGGGUGAGGUUGGGGCAUUAUGAGAACCUCCAAAUCCCACCGAAAGACAACACGCUGACCCUGGAAUCGCUCUACGCUCUGCGCCGCAAACUCGCAGAGACGACGAAACUCCACGCCGCACUCCUCGCAGAGAAGACCCGCAAUGCGGCUCAGAUAGCGAAGCUACGAUCGCUGCUUCAACCUGCCAUGGCACCGAAACGCGAACCGUGCUCGUCUACAUCCCCAGCAAAGUCUCAUGAUCAGAACGGUACAAACGGAGACACACCAUUUGCCUUCCUUACGCACUCCUCCGCCGCUCAGAGUCUCGGCGUACAACCUCUUCCCCAGACCAGCACUUCUUCGGUCCCGCCAGAGUCGCGGACUCCACUCACGACACAUACUACAUUCACCACCUCGCAGCUGCCAUACCUAAGCCAACUGCUCGCGUCACUAAAACCACACCUUGCAACGACUGCGCUACCAAGCAGAAGCGAAGGCGAAAAAGAGGAGUUGGCACGGGAAAGACGUAUCUACGUCGAGAGCCAGAGUAAGAGGAUCUUGGAGAGGAGAGGCGUGGAUACUACAGGCGGAGUGGAAGGUGCUGUGGAAGGCAGCAGGGUUAGAGCGGAAGAGGUCAGGGGGCUGGAGAGUAUAGUCGCGGGGAUGCAGAGGGGGAGAGGAGAGGAAGAGGGGGAUGCUAUGGAUACUUCGUGA